GGUGGCAGGAGUUGGCUACCACUCCUUCCCAACCUGGCACCAUCAUGUUGGCUGUCUGACCAUCAACCCAAGAAAAUGCCCAGAUCAUCAGGGAAGUGGAAGUAGACAAGGUCACUGCACUCUCUAGAGACCAGGUGGCAGCCAUCAAGCAGCUGUGGCUGGAUCCCGGAAUCCAGGAGUGUUACGACAGGAGGAGGGAGUACCAGCUGUCAGACUCUGCCAAAUAUUACCUGACGGACAUUGAGCGUAUCGCCAUGCCCUCUUUCGUGCCAACACAACAGGAUGUGCUUCGUGUUAGAGUGCCCACCACUGGCAUCAUAGAAUAUCCAUUCGACCUGGAAAACAUCAUCUUCCGAAUGGUGGAUGUUGGUGGCCAGCGAUCUGAACGACGGAAAUGGAUUCACUGCUUUGAGAGUGUCACCUCCAUCAUUUUCUUGGUUGCUCUGAGUGAAUAUGACCAGGUUCUGGCUGAGUGUGACAAUGAGAACCGCAUGGAGGAGAGCAAAGCCCUGUUUAGAACCAUCAUCACCUACCCCUGGUUUCUGAACUCCUCCGUGAUUCUGUUCUUAAACAAGAAGGAUCUUCUAGAGGAGAAAAUCAUGUACUCUCAUCUAAUUAGCUACUUCCCAGAGUACACAGGACCAAAGCAAGAUGUCAAAGCGGCCAGGGACUUUAUCCUGAAGCUGUAUCAAGACCAGAAUCCUGACAAAGAGAAGGUUAUCUAUUCUCACUUCACUUGUGCUACAGACACCGAGAAUAUCCGCUUUGUGUUUGCUGCUGUCAAAGACACAAUCCUACAGCUAAACCUACGGGAGUUCAACUUGGUGUAAAUGGAGGGCCUACUCCUCCGAGACAGAGGGUGAUCUGAGCCCUUCCUGCCUGAUCUACAAGUGCUUCUGGACCAGGACCUAAGGACAUUAUGUAGCCCACAGGGACAGAGAUGGGUAGUGCAAUGUGAAAAAUACUUCACCAACCCUUUUAAGUGUCUUUAAUUCUUCACUGUCUAACUCUUUUCUCGCCUUUUGGUUGAACGAUUAGGUAUCAUUUUUGAGUGGUUCCCCCUCUCCUAUUUUUAAACUAGUGUUCAACAGUUAUUAAAAAUCAUGCAAAAAAAUUCAUGCAACAGAGGGACUUGUUAAUUUACAAAUCAUGCCUUCAGACCUCUGAGAUUCAUUUAGGUGACUUAAACAUCUUCAUUGGUUUGAUAAUUUUAAAAUAAAUCUUUUAAGAAACUUUUAAAACAUUUCUUCCCCUUAAUGUUGAAAUAUGACUCAUGUAACAACUUACUAAACCACCAAAGACUUCUUUCUAUGCCUUUUUUUUGUUUGUUUUUUAAUUUUAAAAACAGGGUCUUAAGUAGCCCAGGCUGGCUUCCAACUCAAAUUUGCUGUGUAAUUGAGCAUGGCCCUUGGUCCUCCUGCCUGGCUGUUCCAUGCUUAGCUAAGAUUUUCUUCUUUUCUGAGACAGAGCCUCACAUAUUCUUUUCUGGUCUCAGACAUGCUAUGUGGCCAAGGAUGAUGACACUGGGCUUUCGGUUCUCUUGUAUUCAUAUACACAACCUAUUUAAGGCAGUUCUCACACUGUUGCCAACUCCUAGCAUUAAGAGGUCUCCAAGAGUGUGAUUGCACAUUGAUAUUUACAGGUUAGUAAUGCUUGGAUGGAUGUGUCACAGGAUCAGUUAUAUGAUGCUUGGGAUGGGUCCCGGGCGUUGUGCAUGUUAGGCAAAUGUUCUGCCGACCGAGCUAUAUCCCAAACCAAAGAUUUCUUUAAAAAGCAGUUCUUUCCAUGUCAACUUUCUAAUCCAAAUUAAUAUUAUUCAAACAUUGAUUUUUGCCACAAUCUGAUAAAACCAACUUUAGAUACUGCAUGUGUGUAUGUCCUAAUGCGUAUGGCCAGGCCUUACAGCUUAUGGAAUGGCUAAAGCAGAACUUGUUAACAGAUGUCAUGUAAACCUUGCCAAAGCUCUGGUGGCAAUCUCCAAUGUGUUGUUUGAACUGUGCGCGCUGUGCCUUUCUGGAUACUAAGAAUACACUGUUCUACCCUGAACACCAACGAUGAUGUGCUUCUUAGAGCUCGUGGCUGAUCGUUCUGUUCAAAAGAAAACGUUAGUUUUAACGGUUAUACAGCUUCUUUGAUUCCUUCCUUUGAAAUAGUCUUCACUCAUCAUGGUGUGCUGGAGCUCUUUCAUGGCUGGCUCAGUAAAUGGUGCAGGUCCUGAUUCCCAGGAAGCAGAGUACUGCAUCACACUUAAGGGCUUGGGUGGCUUCGCAUGGACUGCUGACCCAUAAGUAUGUCUGUACUUACUUACGGAUGGCUUCAUCUCUCACCAAUCUUCAGAGGUCUCCACCUUAAAAUGGCUCAGCAUGUACAACAGUGAGAAAAGUGACAUGUAUCCAGUAGAAACUGUACUUUGAAAUACGAUCCUUUCUCUAGCUAGUGAUUUUUGGCCUGGUACUCUCGAGAGAGACACGCUGGGCAGUUGUAAGAUGCAGCUCCCAGCCAGCCAUAGCAUGAGGGGUAGCCUUACCUUCUCCAUAGUGCACUGCUGGACUGGAGGUUAUAGAGGGUCAGUACACUACAUGUAUUUUCAGCUUCAAUGCUUUUGGUCAGUGUGGGAUUACGUAGUUAAUUCUGGGACUGGCUACAUCUGUUGCAGAAGCACAUGGCUUAAUUCCUAGACCUGAACUAAGAAGCCAUUCCUUAACCCGGUGCCUGGACCUCCACAUUGUCAAUUUGUUGGAACAAUUUCAAGUGUGAAACCAUUCUACCAAAGUAGCAUUCUGUUUAAAAAGUCAGUCUUCACUCCAGGCAGAAGAACUGGACAAUCAGAUGCUAAAUCUUAUUUGAAACAAUUAGUCAUCAAGGCAGAGACAAAGGAGGAGCUUCUCAAGACAUUGAAAAAGGCACAGCCAGCACUCACUCUCCUGAUCCCUAUCACGGGCCACUACACUAAAAAGCAGCGUACCAAUGUAAUCAGAACUAAGGGGUCAAACAACGUGGGAUUCUUCUUUUCAAGUAUUUUCUAGCACUGAGCUACUGACAAUUUAGCUUUUGGCUGACAUACAAGAAAAUGAUUUCUUUCGUUGCAAGGCAGUUGUGGAUGGAGUAAGUCAAAUUUUGGUAACAAACACCUUUUCUAGUUACAGCAAGGCCACACUCUCCACGUCAGAGAUAACUUAGUAAUUUCUGUCGGUGUUCAUUCUGUUUGUAGACAUUCUCCCUUAGCCCUUCUUUUAAAGUAAACGUACCAACUACUGAAGAAAUUAGCCAUCUGAAGGUGGUGGCUGAGUCCACCAUGUAUUCCAUCAAGCGGUUAGUCAGCGCUGAGAAUGCUUGGCUAGAAGGCAACUGAAAAGUCAGGACACUGAUCUCUCAGAGUAACUUCGUUAUUAAUCUAACAGUGAUGAAUCUCAGUACUAGUUAACUACUCAGAUUUUAGACAGGCAGGAGAAGGCGAAUGCUCCUGGUUCUACUGAAUAACAACCAAACCAGAUGGAAGACCAGGAAGCUUUAUUAGACUCACAUGCGGUUAAACUAGACCGUCAUCUUAGCAUGCAAUCCAAAUCUACCCCUUCAAGAAACACUGUUUCAAGUGCUAGUUGGGAUUUCCAACAACGUUUUAGCAAGAAAGAGACUAAGAUGAGUUUUAAGAAUAAGAACCACAUUAGAAAUGCCUGUGUUAUUUAAUAAGACUAUAUCAAAAUACACAAAACUAAGGCAGCUAAGGCAGCCACUAUGUGAAAGGUCAUUAGGUCAUGGAUUACUAGGAAUGGGAAACUGAAGGGGAUACAGACACAGUGAAGAAAUAGAUGCUUAAGAACCAUAAUAACCACUGGUCAUGUUUGCACCAAAUAAUAAACAUACCAAAGACGUCCAGGCUACUUAGUCAGUAUGAAAAUAAUUAAGACACUAGUCUGGACACUUCAUAAAAAUGGAACUAUACAAUUUCAAACCUAUGAAGUAUUUUUAAAGUAUAUCUUCCCUGGCAAUUUUCUUAACUAUAAUACACUUGUAUACAGAGGUGGCCAUGUAAAAAAAAACUUUAUAUACAGUGUUCUAAUAAGUCCCAAAUAUAAUCUAUAAUUACUGGUGGGCAUAAGUGUACUAGCAUUGACAUUUAGAACAUUCUAUUAUAAAUGAUAUUAAUAUUGGUUUUGAAAUGUUUUUCUGCCCAAAUACUGGCGAUUUUUGGGUAGUCAAUUAAUCAACAGCGGUAUGAGGACAUCACAAGAAACACUGAGGCCUGCAUCAUGCUCUGCUUUAGGCAACCCUUCUAACCAACAGACAUUUUUACUUUAACAGCUUUGUCACAAAGUUUUACUAGAAGGAAACACUGAUAAUCACACAAAUAUGUUCAGUGACAGAGGUUCUAAGUCAAGGCAACUUGAUAUAUAUCACAGUCAGUGUUAAACUACAACUUAAAUUUAUAUUUGUAUAACUAACUCAAUUUUGAAAAAAUACUCUUAUUGACCUAUAAAAUCUAAAGUUAGAUUUCCUAUGUGUCAAGCUUUGGGUAACCUGAAUUUUCCUUAUUUAAAGAAUGCUAUAAUGCUUAAAAAAGAAAAAAAAAAUCAAGAGCCCAAAAUGUUAACAUAAAAAUACUUUAAAUGACAUGAGGUAAGUUAUUUUACAAGAAAGGCAA